AAUACUCAAGACAAUGUCGCUUUCAUCAUUUUGUAGUUUACCGGAUCGGCGUAAGAUGUACUAUUGGGCCGGAACUUUCAUCUGCAUUGUAGGGUUUCUGUUGUUUAUCCUCCUCAUUCAUGAAUACAUAUUUGGGGAUACGCGUUUCAUUCCAUCCUUUGUUGGGGGCUAUUGCGCGUUGUUUGCUACCUUUAUGUCCUUUUUCUUGAUAUUGGAACACUUGACAUGCUUUUCCGAUCCGGAGUGCCAACCAAAAGUGGUGCGUAUUCUCUUCAUGGUGCCGCUGUAUGCUUUGAUCAGUUGGGCAUCACUCCUGGCCCCAGGCGCGGCGAAGUAUCUCAACUUGAUUCGCGAUGCCUAUGAAAGCUAUGCCAUUUAUGCCUUCUUCCAACUUAUGAUUGCGCAAAUGGGCGGCAUCGAUACGCUCUACCGCGCGCUGAUGAUUGAGGAGCGUCCACCGAUUCCUCAGGUGUUCCCGUUUUGCAAUCUGGAACCCAUUAAGGUAACACCUACGUUUGUCCAGAAUUGCCGGCUUUGCCUCUUUCAGUUCAUGAUUAUAAAGCCAUUGGUCACGAUUAUCGUUGCCGUCCUCACGGCCAAAAAUAAAAUGGGUAAUCUCACUGACGUCACAAAGGGCUACUUCUGGACGAGCUUAGUCUACAACGUAUCGAUUUCGAUUGCUUUCAUGGCUCUUCUCUACUUCUACAAAGGCCUGAAGGAAUUCAUGGAGGGUAAAAAUAUUCUGAUGAAAUUUCUAUGUAUAAAAUCUGUCGUCUUUUUGAGCUUCUGGCAAGGUAUGCUUUUCGCGAUCUUAGCAGCAACUAACCUAUUGCCGACCUUCUCAUACUGGACUCGGGAGGAAACUCCCAUCGCCCUUCAGGACUUGCUGAUUUGUGUGGAAAUGAUGUUCGUUUCCUUCACACAUAGAUACUGCUUUGGUAGCGAUGAAUACAUGGUAAAUAGUCCUGUCAACUCCGGCAUUGAGGAAGAGCUGCUUUAUGACGGCAUGCAAUUUAGAGCAACCCCGGCCAUCCGUCAAUCCGUGAGGGAAAAUUUAAAAUACACACUAAAACAGAAGGACAUCUGGUCGGAUAUGAAAGACAUUGUGAGAAAUCGAUAA